CCUGUGCAGUGUCAUUACUUCGCCUUUUCACGAAAGCACCACGACACACUUGGCCCAACAAAGGCCGCUUUUGCUAUAUUCUAGGUUGAGAAGUGAAGUCAAAUGAUGUGAAGGGGGGAGGGGGUGGUUCACCGGCUUCUUGUAAAGCUCCGGAGUGCACCGAGUUCAUGUGUCCGUAAAAGGCGGAUCGACGAAGACACCUCUCCCGUCGCGUUAGCAAGCUUCCGCAUACACCAUACCCUCCUUAACCAACUCUCCACAAACAAGAUGUCUGCGUCUUUAAUGCGAAGCGCCGUUUGUCAAACGGGCCAUGAUGUCAGGCUGCCCCGUCAACUGCUUGCGUGAGCUGAGUUCCACUUCCUGCGCAGGCAUCGGGCACUCGGAAGGCGAGCGUGGCCGAGGGAGGUGCGCGACGGACGGCCACGAAGGAGCCACAAGAGCCGAUAGAAAGGACGGAAGCAAGAACUGGCGGGAGCUGCGUUUUUCCCACCUAACUUCAUUGGUCGUCGCUGCCGACUGACAGUCCAUGGACUAGCCACAUUUAUUCGGAUUCCUCCUCUCACUGGCACGUUCUGCGGUCCAUAGCUGAAGUCUCCUGGUCCAAAUAUGUCGCAGCUCCUCCACGUGGAGAUCCCAAACUUCGGAGCCACGGUGCUAGGCUCCCUGAAUGAGCAGCGUUUGUUGGGACACUACUGCGAUGUCUCCAUCCUGGUCAAAGGUCAGGCAUUCAAAGCCCACCGGGCAGUGCUGGCCGCCAGCAGCCUAUACUUUCGUGACCUCUUCAGCACGUCGACCAAGACCCAGUUCGAGUUGCCCUCCUCAGUUACGCCGGCAUGCUUUGAGCAGAUCCUCUCAUUCUGUUAUACGGGUAAGCUGACCAUGGCGGCAAGUGAGCAGCUGGUGGUCAUGUACACAGCGGGCUACCUGCAGAUCCAGCACAUCGUGGAGCGCGGCAUGGACCUGAUGUUCAAGGCCAACUCGCCGCACUGCGAUUCACAGACGGCCGGCAACUUGGAGGAGACGGGCUCGGAGCCACAGAGUCCGUGCAACGGCAGCGGCCUGGCUGUGGCCGCUCUCCUUGCGAACACUGGCUGGUCCCCGUCCCUCCUUAUGCCGCCGCGCAAGAUUAAGCUAGAGAGUGGCGAGCCCACACCCCUCACCAUCGCAACCACCCAAGGCAAAAUCUCCUCCUCUGAGUUGGGCAGCCGUCUAGCAAGGGCCAGUUCGCUCUUUUACACCACCGCGGGAGGGACCACCAUUCCGGGCGUGCCCCCUUACCACCUUCUGGGGGUUGGGGGAGGCGUGGCCGGGGGCGGAGCCACAGGCGAGCGUUCAAGUCCCGGUGAAUCCAGUUUGCCCACCACCGAUAGUCCCACGUCGUACCAGAACGAGGAUGAGGAGUUUGAGGAAGAGCCCUUUGACGGAAUGGUGGAGGACAGCUUCAGUCACCUGUAUGCACGUCCAGGCAACCCCUAUGGCAUGCCGGACAAGACCGAGAUGACGGGCGUGCCGCUGGCUUUGGAGAACCGCAACUGCGUGCUAAUUCGACGGGACCUGGUGGCACUACCCGCUAGCCUCAUCAGCCAGAUUGGCUACCGAUGUCACCCUAAACUCUACACAGAGGGAGACCCCGGGGAGAAGCUGGAACUGGUUGCCGGUACACAGGUGUUCAUGACUCGAGGUCAGCUGAUGAACUGUCAUCUUUGCGCCGGAAUCAAACACAAGGUCUUGCUGCGGCGUCUGUUGGCGACAUUCUUUGAUCGAAACACACUAGCAAACAGCUGUGGGACUGGUAUCCGCUCCUCCACCAGUGACCCCAGCAGGAAACCCCUGGACAGCAGGGUCCUCAACGCUGUCAAACUGUACUGUCAAAACUUCAACCCUAACUUCAAGGAGAGCGAAAUGAAUGUGAUUGCUGCUGACAUGUGCACCAACGCACGGCGCGUCCGCAAGCGCUGGCUGCCUAAAAUCAAGUCCAUGCUGCCCGACGGCAUGGAGGUGUACCGCGCCGGCAUGGCCAUGGGCGCCGCCGCCCCCGUGGCCGUGGGUCUGAACCUGGGCCUGGGCGCCAACCCGACACAAGUUGCGCUCCCCUUCGAGGCCGACUUCAAGAGCUUUGAGCAGAGGCUGUAUCCGGAGCGCAAAGACCCCCUGAGGACUCAUCCGGCGCUGGCCGACGGCAGCCCGGGCUCAGUGGCGGCGGCUACCGAGCCCGAGGGCGGAGGAGGGGUCCAGGAGGAGGAGGAUGAGGAAGAAACGGGCUUGGAGGCCACCGACACCUCCGCAAAUCUGAUCUCCAACGGCGCCGAGGCGUCCGCUUGCGGCGACGCGCCGGCCGAGCAAGAAGCUUUCGGGCAAGGUCUGAGAGUAAACGGACAGUGAACGUCGUCUCGCAACACAUGUCGUCAAGUUAUGCUUAACCUUUUGCUUGUUCUCCCCCUCUGCCAUCUUUCUUCUUCUUCUGUGCUUCCGCCGCGGUGCAAAAAGCUUGUGAUCGUACGCCAGGGGAAUUUGCCACACGUGUACACGCACAGAAGCGCUUUUGUGCAACAACCCCGAUGUUGACGUACAAAAAGCGCUCCGAGCAGACGCAGGCAUCAAGAUAAGUCACACUUUGGCGCCUUUCAAGUACUGCUUCGAAUUUCACCUUGACAAAUAAUAAUGUGACCGGCAUACAAAAGCGCCUUUAGAGACUUUUUCCAAACAAGCAAGGAAAAAUUUGAUAGAUUGAAGUAAAUAACUUUUUCGCAGAUUACCUUGAAUCUCGGAGAGAACAUAGUUUACUGCUUAUUGUAUUAGAUUCAUAGUAGAGAUUUUUUAAGUCGUUUUUUAUUACAUACAAAUUUUCAACACAGGUCAGAAGGUUCUGUGUACAGAACACGCAGUUAACAAUCUUUGAGAUCUUUUGUCCAAGUCGAAAAUUGCACACUGAUUAGCACUUGCGAUCUCGACCAAAAAGUUUGAAUUAUGUUAUGAAACGUUUUUGAAAGACGUUAUUGAAGUGGUAAAAAUGAUCACAAUUCGAAGACAACCAUGCAAUUGGGGUUCAUUAAUGUGACGAUGCCUACGUCAGCUUUUGGACCGCGCUUCCUGACCACACACACACACACACACACACAGUAAAAACAUUCAGUAUAAAUGCUAGAUAACGCAAUUUAAAAAAAAAAAAAAGACCUACGCACCGCAGCGAUGCUUUUGUAGUACAAUAAUCUUGUCUUUGGGUAAAAGAACAUGCGCUAAAUGUUACAUUGCAUGCACGACUACCAAGGAUUGAUGAUUAACUACCCGAUCUAUAGAGAACUGCAAGUAUCAUACGUCAGAAUGACUGUUUAGGGAGGAUUUUUAAUUGUAUUUUCUUACGAGCUCUUACCUCGCUAGGCGCGCUGUGUUGUCGCUUGGGUGUGACCCAAAAGUGACUUGUGUUUGACACAAUCAACGGCGCGCGCUGCGAGAUGAUUUCCCGAACAAAGCCCCGUUCUACGUUCACAUCCACAUGGUCCACCUUCCAUCCUAUCGAAUGGUUAAGGAUGGGUACAUUAUUAUCGACACGCGACUAGCUUACUGCAUUUGCACUCUAAAAGACAUUGAAAUGGUUUUGGAAAAGAUUGACUUGAAUCUGAGACUGAAAAUAUUGCUGGGAAGAGAAUUUGUUUUUUCAAAGGAGGGCAAUAUCAAAUUAAGAGCUAUUGUUUAUCGUUUGCCUGUGCUCAUCUAUUUCCGUGCUAACUAAUUCCACCCUCUUUUGCUUAUUCAUGUGCCCAAUUCGUGAGAAAUUUUCAUUUACACAACCGCUAAACCUUACCAGACGAAACAAGUGUUUGAAAAACCACAUUGACAUUUCCCCCCUUUUCAUGCAAAAACAAUUUUAAUACCCCGAAGAUGUGUUUAUUGCAAAAAGAUGUGCCAUUUGAAAGGUUUUUAGGAGGCGAGCUUUAAGAUAGUCCUGCACAGGGAGUACAGGGUUGGAAUUGCACUAUAGGUAAUAAUGUAAAUGACGUUUACAGUUUCUUCUUUUAGUUGUUUUUGUUUACAUGUCACAACAGGGCUUGCCUAGACUAGAAUGGCUGAGAGGCUCCAAUGAAUGUAAACGUUAGCUCUGUUUUUUUUAGCAAAUGUUCCUGAAGGGUCUUCCAAUAGUGAGAAACGUCAGCUUCCCCCCCACCCAAUCCGAUAACGUUUGAGUGAGGUGCUUCUGCUUUUAGCACUCCAGAAAUGACACGUAUAGGUGCAUUCAAAUGAUUAAAAUAUCACGAAAAAUGUCAUUUAUUUCAGUACGGUAAUUGAAUUUAAAAAGUGAGAUUUUGGAUUAUAAUAUGAUUUGGCUUUAAAAUAUUGAUAAUAUCUUGAAGCGAACAAAAACUUCAUAUGGAAGAUUUGAUGUAAUUAUAAAAUGAACUUAACAAGUCAAAUGAUUAAAAUUAAGAAUUGGGGUUCUGAAAAGUAUUACCUAUUUUGCCCUACUGAAAUAAAUGAAUCUUUCUACCAUAGUCUAAUUUGCAUAUUUCCUCAAAUAAUGGCCUCCCCUCUAACUUUCGUAACUCAGUCAUUGAUUGCAUAGGCUCCUGAAAAACCUAUCUCAAACAAAAAGACUUAACAUAAGCACAAGCUUCAACAAUAAUUAGUGUUCACGCAGAGACCCAACAAAUGUGUUUUCUCUUCUUUCUUUAUGCAAAACUCAGCAAAGGUGUGAUAUGGCUCCCAAUUGUGUUUUCACACAGCAACCUGUAAAAAUAAAUUGACACCAGCGAUGGUUUCUCAGGCGACAGUGACAAUUGCUUUCAACACUUGUCAUUUUAAAUUUCACACGUCUGUGCUGACAUUGCAGAGUUCACUUAUACAAGAGUCAUUUUCCGCCUCUUUUAUGUCUUUGGAACUACCAACUUUGCUCCCAAGCCCCUCACCCCAAUUCUUUUACAUACCAAAGAAAUGGGAAAAAUCACUUGGAAUUUGUACACAGGUGCCAUCUCUGGAAAAAAAAAUAAUAAUUUCAAGCUAAUAUUGUUCCCGCUCGGUAUUGGUGCCGUAUUUUUACAGAAGAGCAACACGAACAAAGGCUGAUACUACCUCCGAAGAUAGAAACUUGCUAGGUUAACGUUGCCCCCCCCCCUUACUCUUUGUUGGGUCCACUCAAACUUUUGAAAGAAACACAAUAAAGCCAAAAAUAAAAAAAAACACUACCUCUGAAGGUGAAAUAUUAAUAAAUGAUGGCUUCUAUAAGCAGUGUUUAAAAAGGGGGCUUUUAACACUGGUGCAGUCCCGCCUCGCUAUGACUCUACCUCCAAAGGCGGAAAAAAUGUCAGGUUGACUUUCGCCCCCUUGCUCCAUCUCGGUUCACUUCAUACUGAACAAAAAAAUGAAAAAGGGCAGGAAAAUUAUUCUUUUAAAGGCAGUAUGAAUAGGGCUUUACAGACAGGUGGCAACCCGCCUCUGCUACUACCUCCAAAGGCGGAAAUUUGCCAAGUCAUCUUAUUCCAUGGUCACACUGAACCAAAUAAUUGAUCAAAGGCUAUUACUGCCUUUAUAGAGUUUUACAUCCCACCUUAUCGAUUAUCCAUCAGCUACUACCUCCAUAGCCCGGAAAUUGUCUGCUUGAGUUCAGUUCAUACUGGAUUUAUAAAAAAUAAAAAAAACUUUUAAGUUGUCUGCUUCAGGCGAUGCAAAGAGGGUUUUACACUUACGCGCUUGUUUCGCCUGUUACGGCUCUGCUACUACCUCUACUUACGGAAAAUUGUCGGGUCUUAUUCAUCCCCCUAUUCUAUGACUUUAUUUCUUGUCGCUCUUCGGUAUAAACUGCACCAACACCGAAAAUAGGGGGUAAAAUAUUUGCUGAUUCAGGCAGCGGAAAAGGCGCCUGUUAACGGAUUUUGAGAAUAUUUCCAAAGCUGACAAUUUGCUUUGGCAUCUCAAAAAAAAUGUCCUAAUAUCAUUGGGAUCUUUCUGUUAGACCUUGGCCACUAUUUGAGGAAAUACCGUAAUUCACUGGCAAUUGCCUGUUAAUAUUUGAAACGAGUCAUCUUUUUUUCUCGGUUUAGGUUCUUUUAGUUUAAAAAUGGGAGCCAUAUAUUAGUUGAGUGCAUUUUUGUACAACCAUCAUUUUAGUGGACGGUCAUACCAAGUAAAAUGAUUGAAUGGGAUAUGAAAAAAAAUAAUUUAUGGAAAUGCUACACUGUGGUAAAGGGGUGUGAAGCUGUGCCUUAGACUGUGACUGUGCGGGCGUCAAUUUAUGCGCACCAAGACUGUACGACUGAAUUAAAUGCAAUUUGGUUUUCUUUAUUUUAAUUUUUUUUUAAACUAAAGUUGUGCUAAACCAGGCCACUGAAAUGGCCUUUUUACCCAACAUUUGAUCAUAUGUGGUUUAUUUGUUUUGUUCUUUCAAUGAGAAAAGAAAAAAAGUCAUGCGGAGGGUGGUCAUCAAUACAAAAAUGGCUGUGGUACCACUUGACUUUAAAGAAUUAUGAAUGGGUUAUUAACAUGCUGGGAGAACAUUUUAAAUGGGAGACUUUGGAAAUAAAAAUUGAUGACAGCUGGAAACGAUAAACAGUAUGCAUCACCAUUCAAAUUUGACAUGACAAAUUUUAUACGAUAUUUUUUUUAAAAAAGGAAUAAAACAAUUCCUCCCAUCUAGUGUGUAAAAUAAUUCCUGAAUGUUAUCAACACAGCAGCAAAGUAAUACAAAAAAAUCUUUUAUCAUAAUUAACUGCAAUAUUUUGUUAGAAUAUUGGAAAUUAUUUUGACUUUGCGUUGAAACCUUCGCAAAAAAAAAAAACCCACAUGUAUGCAUUUAUUGUGAAGCGGUAUCCAGUCGAGUCCCUUUUUAAAAUCACACUUCUUCACUUUUAUUGUCAUGAUAAUCCAAGAAUGUCACGCCAAACAUUGUACUGACGGAAAGCCCAGAAAUAUUUUUCCCCAUUCACUCAAACGCUCAUUUUCCUUCCUUCUUUCCUCCCCUCUAAAGACUUCACUUGCUCAUCAAACAAAAUGGUGGUCGGUAUAAGGCUUCAAAAAAAAAAAGUUGUUAUGCAAAACAAGGAAACGCUUGUACCAUCUAAAUGCAUGCCAUUCAAAGCAAACCCGAUGAAACCUCUCUGACCUUUUAUGCACCGUGUAUUAACGCUACUUUCAACACAAGACUGUGAAGUGUCGCAGCAGGCUGGCUCUAUUCUUCUUUUCUCGUCACAGCAAACACUUUGUUGAGCCUUUUUUGUGAAUGUUUUUUGUGGACAGCGAGAAGAGUGCGCAGGGAAUAGACGUGGAGAAACUCCCUGGUGGUGCAUUUGAACCUUCAGCAGACUUUUGAGGGGGGAAAAAAAAUAAGAAUGCACUAAAAUGUUUGAAUGUGUAUGUAUUUGUCCUUGAACCAGCACUUUAGAGUGAUUUCAGGCAGGAUUUCCCAAACAGCUCGAGAUGGGCUUCUUCCCGGGAACACAAAAUCCCAUAUCGUUGACUUUACACCACGUGAUAUGGCACCACAUUCGAUUUUUACAUUUGUGGCCCCCAACCUGCAGUUUUGGUGACCCCAAUUUACUGUAGUGUCCUCUUGUGAAGGAAAUGUUUAUCAAUUGUUUUUUAUAUUUUUACACCUUUUAUUGAGGCAUAUUACAUGAGUCAAUAAAUAGAUUGGUCAAAAAUAACCCAAUGUAGGUCAGAAAAGGACGCACCCAACUUUUUUUCACCCCAAACGUUAGGUCAAAUGAAUGAAUAAUCCACCAACCAGCCCUGUGGUUCCUUUAUUUUAAAAAGGGACCGAUUAACUAUGCAACAGAAUUUUGCUUUGAUAAACAAUGACAAAAAUGUAUUGUGACCCAUUGAUUUUUUUAUGAUUAUCUCUAAUUCUCAAUUUGAAUAAUCCUAAUUUAACAUCAAAAGUAUUUUUUGCUUCACUGACCCCAUCCAAAACAGAAAAAUACUUUGACAGGUUUUUGGAACCCGUGCUUCACUUUGGGCAGUAGUGAUUUAGGGUCACCUCAGAAAUAAUAAUCAAAAAGAUUCAAUGUUAUUAAAUAUGCGAUGGUAUUUUAUUCUGGAAAUUGAUCAACCUCUUUAAAAAAAAAAAAAAUCACCUUGACCCCUUUUGGACCAUGAGUGUCUGUUUGGGAAAUCCUGCUUUGAUUUAGAAUUAAAAAAACUAACAACAAAAAAGACACAGACACACACGAGUGUUAUGGAAAAUGAGAAAAUCGCACCUCUUUUUUAAAGCCAUGUGUUCCGAGCGCUGACAAUCAGGAUGUGUGGAUGCACUCUCGGAGGAUGCGACGACGUGAACUGCUGUGCUCUCGCUUAUUUGCCAAGUCAUCGUCCUCUUUUGCCGAUCUAAUACUUGGGAGGGACACGAAAACCACAGACUGAAUUGGGACUGAUUGGUGCUUUGGACCAAGUCUCUAAAAAGCUCCACUUGGCGGACCUCAACAAUGGAGAAAAAAAAAAAGAAGACUUUUGUCAUGCAACUCCAUAUUUUAAUCAUGGAUGUUCUUCAU